GGUGACUGCAUAACAUGACAAUUAAGUUUGUUAGACACUUCGUCUUCCGUCGAGAGAGAGAGAGACAUUCACCGUGACACAGAGAUGGCCGACAUAAAAGAGGUUGUCCAUGAGGUCGUCGACGACAAGGAAGUCGUCAUUCAAGAGACGACUGCUGAGCAUGGCACCGAACAAGACAGGGACAUGGAUUUCUGGGAAGGAGUGGAAGAUGAGAGAACUCGCGUGUACUAUGUCUUCGUCGACGACAGUUUAGCUUUGAGGAUUGUGGCGGGUUUGGGGUAUGACCUCGAGGCUCUCCUCGGCGAGACCAUUCUAUUUGUAAAGAAGUUGUCGGACGUGGUGCCUGACGAGUGCCAGUCCCCAGCAGCCGAUGUGGUCGGUCAUGUGCUCCGGUUUCUCAUAUUUGCCAUUGCUGAUGAGCACAGUGAAAGACUGAAUCCCAAUGUGUGGUACUCCACGCGCUUGGAGGAACCGUUGGCAAGCCGAAACUACCUGCAAGGGUCUGUGCAUACUUCGGAACCUCGUGACGGUUUGAAGCCAUCGAAGUAGAGAACCAAAAUAACGUGUCAGGUAAAGGAGCAGGCUAUGGAGUGGUGCGUAGGUAACGGGCAGUAUUCAGUGUAGUGUUCCGAAUUCGGGUGGGCCUGGUGGGGGUCAGUCGCCCGGCCGUGCAAACAACAAAUGAAUAAAAUUGAACGCA